AUGAACACUGAAGAAUAGUUUUUGAAAAUUGAAUUUUAGUAAAAGUUAGAAGAAGCUGAUUACUUCUUCAACUUACCUUCUCCGGAAACAGCUCCUUACGAUAACAAGUACAAGGCUCGUGAGAUUUUAUAAAAUCUUUUAAAGCAUCACUUUUUUGAUAGCGAUAAUGAAUUUAGAGCAGAAUAUAAAAAAAUAUGCCAAGCAAUUAUCAAGAUGAAAUUAGGUGAAAACUUCUCAGAAACUGAAGAAAACGGUUUAGCAGAGGGUUUUUAUAGGUAGGCAUUAGAGUUGUUUUAGUAGCUUUAAUAUGAAGAUAUGCGCCAAUAUUUUAACUAUUUACAAGAGUUGUACAAUAUCUAUGGUCUUUUGUGCAUAAAUAGAGAUGAAAAUGAAAUGGGGUUGGCAUUUUUAGGUAAAAGCAAAGAACUUUAUACAAACUUACUUGCUUCACUCGAUUGUUAAGAAUUAGAUGGUAAGAAACCAAAGACUAUUGUGAAUAUUACUUCAUAAUUUAAAGAUAGCGAAACUUAGCGCUUUUCAUAUGUUUAUGAAGGAGGAGUAUGUCCUACUAAGACAGAAUCUCUUUACACUCAUACAUUAUUUUAUUUAGCUCAAGCCUACACUAAAUUAGGGCGUCGUGAAUAAGCUGCAUAAUAUUGUGGUGAGACUAUGAAACGUUAGCACGCAACAAGUACAUAUGAAUUGAAAGAUUUUUGUGUUAAUUGCAUCAGUUUAGCAGAAUAUUAUCAAGGAAUAGGAAAUUUCGCUUAAGCUUAAUAUCUUCUUCUGGUUGGCGAGUCUAUAAUUCCUGAAGGAAAAAAAAGAAAAUUAAGAGCUACUUUCUAAAUGAGUCUUGGACAUAUGAUGCUUGAUUACAUGACUUAUAAUGUGAAAGCACUUAAAAGUGAUAACAAAGAAUAAGAAAUGUAAAAUUUUGCUAAGAUUAUUAACAACAAAAAUCUUUUCUUCGAGUCAGUAAAAACAGUACCAUUCCCUAACUUAAAGGUAGCUAAAGAUAUGGAAGAAAUAAAGAGUAUUUUCCGUUAAUCAAAUACCUAAUUUAAAAGAGCACUUGAGUAUUUUAGAUUAGAUGGAUUUGUAACUGAGCAUAUUUAAAUUAUUGAUGGCCAAAGCUCUCUUUACAAAUAGCUUAUCGAAUUAGAAGAUAACUUUUAGUUAGUCAUAGCCAUGCUCGAUAAGAGAGCCUAAUUGCUUGAACCUAUCUACAAAGAGCUUAACCCUAAAGCCUAUAUUGAAACCUGGUAAAAGAUUCUAGUUGAACUAUCUGAAAUUUAUCAUGAUAUGUUUAACAUUAACUUCAACGAACUAUUUUUAAAUACAAAUAAGCCUCCUAAACAAAGCAAAAUAAAAGAAAUGAAUAGUCAAGGCGAAAAAGCUAUAACUUUAUUCGAAUAAAUAGCUUAAAUUUUACUGGAUGAUAAAGAUGCAUAGAAAGACACCAGCUAUUACCACUCCAUUGUUAAUGCUAAGUUUAACAAUGCAAAAAUAUAUUCCAAGUUAUACAGAGCUGAAAAGAAAGAUAAGGUUGAAAUGCUCACUAAAUCUCUUAAUACUUAUAAAUGGAUAUCAAAGUACAUUAACGAAGAAGUAAUUAAAUUCGGUGCCUUAGAUGGAAUAUUUUCAUAAGAGCUUAAAAUAUGUAAUGAAAUGUGUGAACUUUUACCAAAUAAAAUUGAUAAAGUAAACAACUCCUGA